CGAUGGUGACGAGUAAAAAAACGGUACCGUCUUCCGAACCCUGGGGGCUCUGCAGCCCGCCAAACGAAAACGAUGAUGUGGCAAUGGCAUCCUUCUCCUUCUGCCGUUACCGUCGCCGCUGCUCGUUGCUUCUUCACUUCCUCGACUACCACUUUAAAACCCUAUUGCUUCUCCUCCUCUGCCAACUCAACCCUUCUUUGUAACCUCGUCUCCGUUUCCCCUCCGCAAGUUCCAAUGUCGACGAUAGACGAAGCCGACGUCGGAAUCCUCUGCUACAUCUCCAAAACCCCCGGAUUCCGGGGCAUUCUCAAGCAAAGGUAUGCUGAUUUCAUUGUGAAUGAAGUUGACACUGAAGGAAAUGUGGUUCAUUUGACCUCUUUGGACGCUCCUGCUCAAGAGGUAGUGGAGGAAACUGAGACGAUGAAAAGUGAUCAAGUGACAAAAGAGAGUUACGAGUCUGAAAUUCAGGCCUUCCGAUUACUCGCUGGGGAAUCUGAUGGUGAUCUUUUGGAGGGUCUGAUCAAUCAAGUUAAUUCUGGAAGUGAAGAUGGAAUUUCGCCUAUUGUACUAUCUCCGGAUACCGAUAAAGCCCAUAGAACGGCAGUGCAUAAUUUCUUCAAGGAGAAGUUAAAGUUCCUUGUCACUGAUACUGUCGAUGGACCGGAUGCUUCAUCGAAAUGCAUUCGUGUGAGGUUGAAUUCUGGGGGUGGAGGCAAUAAUAGUGGAAGAAGUUCUAGGAAACGGAAAGAAAGAGGCGAUAAGGCCUUUGACAGUAGAGGUUCCAAAAGUUGGCCAGACCAUGUUGGCAAGUUUCUAAGGUUUCAUCUGUACAAGGAGAACAAAGACACACAGGAGGCAAUUGGUCUCCUAGGAAAGAUGCUUGGCAUUAAGCCAAGGGCAUUCGGGUUUUCAGGAACCAAAGAUAAACGAGCUAUCACCACUCAAAGGGUAACCGUUUUCAAGCAGCAAGCGACUAGAGUAGCUGCUCUAAACGACCGAUUGAUUGGUAUAAAAGUGGGUGACUUCUGCUAUGUCAAUGAGGAACUUCUUCUCGGACAGCUCUCAGGCAACAGAUUCACAAUCACAUUAAGAGGAGUUGUUGCAGAUUGCGAAGAGACCAUCAAAGCAUCUGCUGAAUCUUUGGGGUUGCAUGGGUUCAUCAACUAUUUCGGUCUGCAGCGUUUUGGAAGUGGUUCUGUAGCAACGCAUCUUGUUGGUGCCGCUUUGCUUCGUGGAGAGUGGAAAACAGCCGUAAGCUUGAUCCUUGAUCCAAGAGAAGGAGAAAGAGACGCAGUAAGAAUGGUGAGGGAAUAUUACAAGGAAAGCAAUGACAUUGAUGGCACCUUAAGGCAAUUGCCACGCUAUAUGGUAGCCGAGAGGGCCAUUCUCCAAUGUUUGAAGAAAGCUCCCGGGAAUUACUCCCAGGCCAUGAAAGCUAUACCGAGGACUUUGAGAAUGAUGUAUGUGCACAGUUACCAAAGCUAUUUGUGGAACCAUGCUGCAAGCAUGAGGUUCCAAAAAUAUGGAAGGCAAGUUGUUGUGGGAGACUUGGUAUACCCAAUAGAUGAUGUAACAGAAAACGAGACUAUUGUUGCUGCUACCUCUGAAUGUAAGGUUGAACCUGAGGAAAUCGAUAAUUGCAGUUAUUUAGAUGAAGCUUCAGCAAUAGAAUUUCCUGAGAAAAAAAACCUCCGUGCUAAGGUUGUUACUGCAGAAGACAUCAUUGCUGGGAAAUAUGCUAUUGAUGACAUCAUCCUUCCAAUGCCUGGGUCUAGAACAAUUUUUCCCGCCAAUGACAUCUCUGACGUCUUUCAUGAUUCGGCUAAGAAGGAUGGUGUGAAUUUAACCGAAAGUGUGCAUAACGUCAAGGAAUUCUCGAUAGCCAGCAUGACUGGAAGCUAUAGGCAAGUUUUUCACAAGCCGAGGGACUUCGAGUGGCAAUUGCUCAAAUACACCGAUGCUAAUGCACCAUUAGCAGAGACCGACAUGGACAGAAUUGGCAUGGAUAAAGCUAAAUGUCCUAACGAAGUCAAAGAGGAAAAUAUCGAGGUGCAUCUUGUUGAAGCUAACAGUGGAGAAGGGGAAGAGCCAGUUGAAAGUGAAGAAGCUCCUGGUGACCUUGAUACACAGGAAACGCAAUUAGCUCUGAAGUUAAGCUUCACUCUUCCAGCUUCAUGCUAUGCUACUAUGGCCAUUCGAGAGCUUCUGAAAACCUCAACAUCGGUUGCCUUCCACAAAACUCUGAAUUAGAAAGCUAUAUGAUCCCCAUUAGACACAGCCUGGCUCAGAGAGAAUACUGAAAGAAAAUGACAACCGUACAGUGGAUUGCGUGGAAUGUGUCACUUUAAAUUAGACGAUAAGUGAAAUCGGAACAAAGCUUGAUAGCAGCG